ACGCAAUUCUUCCUCUGUUCCAUUCAAAUAAUUGGUAAUCACAUCUGCAUCAACGACGAAAAGGGCGACAUUUGAAGCUGCAUAUUUUCAACUGUUCUCUCAUCGUGCAUUGGAUUUGUUAUUGGUGCAAGAUUGUUUCAAUUGAAGAAUUCGGUUAACAGUAGUUUUUUCUCUGAUUGGGUUGCAAUAAAUUGUCUUACGGUUAGUGGGUUUUGAUUUUUUUGGGGUAAAAAUGGAGUCAGUACCACCGAUUAGGUUUACGCUUGGGAGACAGUCGUCAAUGGCGCCGGACCGGGGCUCGGGUUCUGAUUCGGAAGAUGAAGAGAUUGAUGGGCUGGAUGCGAUUGAUCCUAGGGUUAGGCUAAUGUUUUUUUCAAGUGAGGGUAAUUUGGAUGGGAUUAAGGAGCUGUUGGAUUCAGGAACUGAUGUUAAUUUUAAAGAUAUCGAUAAUCGGACUGCGUUGCAUGUGGCGGCUUGCCAAGGGUUCUGUGAUGUUGCCGAGUUGUUGUUGGAAGGAGGUGCGGAAGUUGAUCCCAAAGAUCGAUGGGGUAGCACGCCUCUGGCAGAUGCAAUCCAUUACAAGAACUAUGACAUGAUCAAACUCUUGGAGAAACAUGGUGCCAAACCUCUGAUGGCUCCUAUGCACGUAAAAAAUGCCCGCGAAGUUCCGGAAUAUGAAAUCGCUGCUGAAGAACUUGAUUUCACAGACAGCGUUGACAUUACUAAGGGUACCUUCACCAUAGCUUCGUGGCGUGGAACUAAAGUUGCAGUUAAAAAGCUUGGAGAUGAACUUUUUACCGAUAAGGACAAAGUGAGGGCUUUUAGGGAUGAGCUCGAAUUACUUCAGAAGAUACGACAUCCAAAUGUGGUUCAGUUUCUGGGUGCUGUAACCCAAAGUAGUCCAAUGAUGAUCGUGACAGAAUAUUUACCAAAGGGUGAUCUUCGUCCUUAUUUGAAGAGGAAAGGGGCACUAAAGCCAUUCACAGCUGUGAAAUAUGCCAUGGAUAUAGCAAGGGGGAUGAACUAUUUGCAUGAGAAUAAACCAGAACCAAUUAUUCACAGGGAUCUAGAGCCUUCGAACAUUUUGCGGGCUGAUUCUGGACAUCUAAAAGUCGCAGACUUUGGAAUCAGUGAGCUGGUGAAAGUGACGGAGAAAGUCAAAAAGGAAAAGCUCAUGUCUUAUAGUGACACUACCUGGAGAUAUGUUGCUCCAGAGGUCUUUAGAAAUGAAGACUAUGAUACCAAAGUCGAUGUUUUCUCAUUUGCCUUAAUUUUACAAGAGAUGAUUGAAGGCUGCCAACCAUUUUUCAUGAUGAGUGAAGAUGAGGUACCUAAAGCAUAUGUUGCGAACCAACGCCCUCCCUUUAAUGCUCCAUCAAAGUGUUAUGCCCACGGUCUUAAAGAGUUGAUUGAAGAGUGUUGGCAUGAGAAUCCCGAGGAGAGACCGACGUUCAGGAAAAUAAUCACUCGGUUGGAAUCAACCUACUAUUCUAUAAACCGUAGGAGGCGUUGGAAGGUCCGACCGUUGAGGUGGUUUCAGAAAAUGGAGAUGAUGUGGAAGAAAGAAGAUUCUGAAAGAAGUAGUCGUGACCGUUCAUCUCACAUCUAAAAUGAUUAACGGUCUAAAACUUGUGUGCCCUAUUCAACUCAUGAACUAACCAUCACGGAAGCUAGAAAAGACGAGAGAAGGUGGUCUGAUGACAAAAAGGCGUUGUGCAAUGAUAUUCUUUACAGGGUUUUGUCUACAUAUCGAUUUUUUGUUGUUUACAAUGUCGUUUUUUCGUUAGGAUUUGUCGUCGUGAAACAACUAUUGAGUAUUAUUGUGGGAAAGGUUGAAUAAGAAUAUGGCUUGAGAGACCAUAUAAUACUUGUACUGAUUCAUUGAAUUGCAUAUGCUAAUAGCUAGAGAGAGAUGAUCAAUUGAAAAUCAUGAAAAA